AUGUUCACCCAGAUGUACUGCGCAGAGCAAAUCCAAAUUCCUCCGGAUUUGCCUGCUAUAUUAAAGGCCUACUGCAAAGCAGUUUAUAAAGAAUCGCAAAGCAGUCAAAAUAAAUCAGAUUUAAUUUCAUUUUCAAUUAAAUAUUUCAAGGAGCAACUUGAUAAUCCACCAAACUCAGCUGCUGGCUAUAGAAUUGCGCUUUCCGAUUUCCACGAUCUUCAAGAAGAACUUAUUAAAAUUCUUAAAGUUAAUCAAACAUUGAAGAGAGUUGAUUAUCAGGUUACGUGCGAUAAACUCGGAUUUUCACAAGAAGUUUUCGCAAAUAUCCUUCGUCUCGGCUUUCCAAAUGAAGAUGUAAUUGAUUUGUACAAGUUUAUGGGCAUUGGUGCAACAUUACUCUCAUCAAACUUUGAAGCAUCAAUUACUAACUUGUUUAAGAUUUUUGAAGAUCAAAACUGCCAAGCAAAAUUACCAACACAAGCUUUGAUCAAUUUUGUCACAUUUCUGCAGUCAAAGGAUCCAAAUAUCCCGGCAGAAUUUUUAGAGAAGCUUAAGGCAGGUGCUACUGAAGAAUUUAUUGAUCUUACAACUUAUAAGCGCAUUUUCGCUGCUGAUGAGUAA